CACAGAGAUGAGUGUGGACUAGAUUUGUGUAAGAGUCACGACAGCCAGCUAGAUGAUUCGACAGCCCCACUUAUAGAUGAGAACACCGCGGAACUUGAAGACUGUCACAGUGGAGAUAGUACUGGCACUGAAGUCACAAAACCACCACAAUUACAAUCAGCACUACUCAUAAUGAAAUUAAAACAAAAGUACAAAUUAUCUCAGGUCGCACUCAAUGCUGUAACAGACGAAGUUACAGAUCUUGUACAAUCAAAAUUGAUCAGUUUAGAGCAAAAGUUACACAAUGUUCUUGGUGGCGUGUUGACAAAUGAACAACUCUCAUCUAUAAAUGAUAUAUUGAAGCAGCAGGAUCUAACAAACCCAUUUGGUGGUCUUCGAAAUGCCUAUCAACAAGAAGCAUACUUUACAACAUACCUAGAUUAUCAAAAACCUGUAAGACGUGAAUUGGGAGGAGAAACUGAUAAGCAAGAUGUAGUGUAUGACAUUCCUUUUCUCAAGUCAUUGCAGUUGUUAUUAAAACAUGAUAUCCUGAGAAAUAAAGUAUUACAGGGUCAUGAAAGGGCUGAUGGACUAUUAGGUGACUUUUGUGAUGGGUCAUUAUUCAAAAUGCAUCCACUAUUCUCUGCUGAUAAAACAGCAUUGCAAAUUCAACUAUAUUACGAUGAUGUUGAGAUAUGCAAUCCUUUAGGAUCUAGGGCAAAAAAGCAUAAACUAGCUUUGUUUUACUUCACAAUUGGAAAUAUACCUCCAAAAUAUCGAUCACCAUUGGCUAAUAUUCACUUGCUAUGUGUCACCAAAUCUGUUACACUUCAAAAGUACGGAGCACAUAAGGUACUUCAACCUAUAAUGAACAAAAUAAAGAAAUUAGAAGAGGAUGGAAUAUCAAUUAAAACGGAUGAUUGUGUUCAUCAUUUUUAUGGUACAAUAUCAGUUUUUCAGGGAGACAAUUUGGGGAGCCAAUUCAUUGGAGGAUAUAAAUCAUUAGCAUCUGCCCAUCGUAAAUGCCGUCAUUGUUUAUCUGUUAGUGAUGACAUGCAAUCAAAGUUUUUAGCUCAUGAAUUUAAGGAAAGAAAUAGGUCUACCCAUGAGUACCAUAUUAGGGCUCUGAAAACAAAUAGUGCUACACAUGAGCAUAUUUCAAAGUCAUUUGGAAUCAAUGAAGAUUCUGUUCUCCACAAGUCAACUUACUUCCACAUCACUGAAGGCCUCGUACCAGAUAUUAUGCACGACGUCCUAGAAGGUUGUCUCCCAUAUGUUGUAAAGGAAAUGUUGAAAGUCUUCAUCAGUCACAAGUUUAUCAGUCUCUCUCUGCUGGAAAAAAUUAUUUCAAAGUUUCCAUACGGAAUAACUGACAAGGCCAAUAAGCCUUCUGUUAUCUCAUCUACAACUCUAAAAAAUAAAGAUCAUAAUUUAAAACAAACAGCAACAGAAAUGUGGUGCUUGGCUAGACUAUUGCCUAUUAUGAUUGGCAAUCAUAUUCCAAAAGACAACCCUUAUUGGCUUCAUUUUCUUGCCUUGUUGGAGAUAGUUGACUACCUCUUUGCACCAAUUAUUUCAACUGAAUGCUUGGACCAUAUGAGAAUCCUUAUAAGAGAUCAUCACUCUGCAUUUAAAGAGCUCUACCCUGAGUGUAACUUAAUACCGAAAAUGCAUUAUAUGGUCCAUUAUCCAGAUUGGAUCCAAAGAUGUGGACCACUAUCUCACCUUUGGUGUAUGAGACUGGAGGCAAAGCACAACUAUUUCAAAGAUCUGGCUCACAGAAUUAAGUGCUUUAAAAAUGUGCUUAAGACGCUAUCUGAACACUACCAGCACUCAUUCUGUUACAAUUUAUCUUCGAAUAAUUUUUUUGAUACCAUGAACUCUGUUGGACCAUGCCAACAAAAACAUGUAGCCUCAUUACAAUGGCGUGAUGCACUUUGUUUUUUAAUUGAGGAAGAAUGUGCUGAGAUAACAAGUGUUUCUUGGAUAAUAGCAGAUGGGCACAAGUACAAAAGAGGACAAGUCAUCAUUAUUGAUUGCACACACUUAAUGCCCAAUUUCGGCAUUAUUACUGACAUCGUUGUCUGCGAGGUCGACAACAUCUACAUUAUCCUGCAAAAGCUUGAAACCCUGUAUUACAAUUAUCAUUAUCAUUCCUACAGUGUUGCCCAUACAGACCCUGUGCAUUUCACAGAUGCGCUUGAUCCUUGGCACCGGAAGUGA